AUGACUGUGAUAAGUAUUUUGAACGAGAAGAAUGGCGGCAACCAAAACGUUGUGAGAUUGAGAAUCGACGGAGAAGGCAACAUCUACUUUUCAUCAGGAAGUGACGGGUAAGAAGUUUUUGUGAGCCACUAUUACCAGAUAGGAAUCAUUUACCUUAUCGUUAUCAAUUUAUAUAGGCGCUUUUUUUCGUUAAAAUAGAACAGACUCUUCCUGACUAUCCUUUUAGCUUGGCAUUUUUUGUUUCAAAGGCUGAUUUUUAGACAAGUAUAUCGACAUUCAAUGGUUUUUUCGUAACAAAGUAAAAAAAUCAAAUGUCUAUGUUUGAGUUAAGUAGUACGUGUUUAAAACGAAGGAAAAAUAUUGUAACCUUUGAUAAGAGUUGCUUCAAUGUUAGUUAACAACCACUCACUGACACUGACGUAAAUAAUUGUUGCAAUAUAUACCACAUAGAAACCAAAUAUAUAAGCUUAUUUCUGUCAAUUGACCAAAAACGGAAAUUAAAUUGUUGACGCGCGACUUUGUCUCUUUGGCGACUUGGAGGUGAAUAGUACUUACAGAUACUGAUACAGAUCUUUAUCGAAGCGCCCUGACUGGGUUUUUCAGCAUCAAUACAAAUGGUUAAAAGAUAUAAAACUAAAACUAAGAAUAUAAAACAAUUGUUACAGCUGGAAAUAUACAUCAGAAGAAUAAAAUUACUAAAUAAUGAAGUUAACCUAAUAGCAGCUUCGUGAAUCUAUGUUUAAAUUUCUUGGGACAUUUGAAUUGCUCAAGAUUGCUGCUUAAGCUCAUCACUUCCAAACCAGCCAAUCAGCGCGCGCGAAAGGCUCUCUUCGCCUGCGUGGUAUAUACUAAAAUGAAAAGAGCUACAUAAAUUCAGUUAUAUUCAAUACUCUAGGGGAUAAAGAGAUUACCUUUUAGUGCAUACUUGGUUUUUUUUUUGAAGGACCUCCCUUUCCAACGUAUUCGCUACCAGUUCUCCGAAGAAUGAAAUGGUCUUUCUCUGUGUUCGUAUCCAAAGUAACCAGUCAUCUUAUAUAGAAGCGAUCGUAAAUGCAGAUUUCGGUUCAAAAAAGACUAGCGACGGAGUUAAGUACGAAAAUGUUCAGUGGACUCAAGUAAUCGUCGGACAAAACCAAAACAGUGACGGAACUAUUGCAAACGACACCCCAUUCUAUGGAAGGAUUUCGAACUUAAACAUCUGGUUUAAUCUCCCUGAUCACGAAAUUACAAAUUGGUUCAGAGGUCAGAAAUAUACCACACCUAACAUCCUUAAAUGGCCACAACUUGGUUCCUCCAAGAGAUUUGGAGACGUUCAUUUUGUAAAGGUCACUUCUGCUGAGAGACGUAAGUUUAAUGGACUUGAUACUCUGCCUUAUUAUCCAACUGCACUGAGUAGAUUGCGAAUAACGCGCGAAUCGAGUACAAAUAUCCUGCGAUAUUAUACAGUUGGUUAUUUUGUACAGAAAAAACCUGUUGAAUCGGUCGACUGCGCGUGCUACGCUUCUCUAUCUGCAUCGCUUUUCCUACUCUUACAGAAAUGCGCAUGAAAUAAAGCAGUUGGAUCAUAAAUAUCUCAUUAGAUUAGACUCAUUGUUUGUAGUUUGACACGCCCUCCGAGCUCGUCAAUAUACGGCACAAGUCGUAAAAAUACUCAGCGAUACUACACACCAAAAAGUCUAAUAUGAUAUAUUUAUUGUGCUUAAUGCAAAGUUAAAUUUAUCUCGAAAAAGUGGGUGGGAAGGGAUGGAGAGUUGGAAAGUGCUCAAGGACACCCGACCUUCUGUCGUUUACCAAUAACCCAAGGGAAAGCUAUAUUUGAAGCACAAAGCAAAGGAAACUGCUCAUCGCUAACUAUUAGAAAGGAUUUGGAGAUCUGACAAGGCUUGAAGGAGAGGGGAGGGUUUCGGAACCCUCUGACCUUCGCCCUCCCCCAGAUUUCCCCUUGUCAACACUCAAAUGAUGGCACAAAAACUGUUUUUAAUUAUUAAACUAAGUAGAGCUAUCGGGUGUAUAACUUAAUUACAGUGGGUGUAUUUAUAUUUUUCUAUUUAGAGUGGCAUGACGUUUUGGAUGCUGAGGUGCUUGUAAAAGAUUCUCUUAAUGUUGUUGCAAAUAAAACUGUUGAAAGUGGAUCUGGAGUUGUUAUCGAAGUUGAGCGUCAGUCACCACCAGUCUCUUGUAAUAAUACAAUCGAUUCGGCCACAGUUGACGGCGUGUUGAUAUCUGUAUCAGGAAGCUGGAAACGAAUUAAAUACAAGCAGACGUUCAUGGAAACUCAGAAAUGUUUUGCAAUUUUUGGGAGCGUUCCUACCUGGUGAGAUAUUUACUUUAUCUCUCAUAUUUCUCUUGUGAGUACGGUCCAUUUGGAAAGUCGAAGAAAGGGGAGGGUGAGGAUACUUUGGGAUUCAUUAAUUCUAAAUCUUGAAAAAGACUUUGAAAGGUCAGUGCGCCAACUUUCUUUCUAUUUAAGGAACUCACUGUGCAUGGAAUUGUUUCGUGAAUUCAAUUUUCCAUUCCUCAACCCCUCCUCGAACUACUUUUUCUCAUAUUGAGUGAGGACACAUCUGUGUAUUUCAUGAACUUGCGAAUUGCAGUUUUGGAAAAUCACUAGAUUUUCUGGCUGUCAACCUCGUUUAUUUGGAACGGCUUCACUUCACGUGUUUUAAAGCCCUGACAAAAAGCAAUUACAACAUUAUCUGGAGAAAAGCAAAAAUAACGUGCCAUAGAGGACUCAAUUUACGUUUUUGGCGUCAAACGCAGGAAAACAAGGGCAUAUCAGGUUGUAUCGUUACUUAAACAAAGCAGUGACUUUUUGAUUUUGGCCAAAAGAAAUAAUUUGACAAGUAACAAUCCUUGGUUAAUUCUUUCAUCACUACAGGGCGUCUGGUAUAUUCAAUCCCGGUGUUUCGGAUUUCGACCUUAAUUUGGAUGAACUUUGGAAAGAAGAAUAUCUUGGCCCAAAUGGUAAUAAACGCAUCUAAUAAACCUUGUAAGGGAUUUAAAGUUAACUGGUAACGUCACUUAAAGAAGUGUGCCUCAUGGGCCUAAAAUAAUUUGCUUUAGUAAGUUUUUCCCUUAAUUCUCAGAUUUAAAUUAUGAAACUAUUCAAAAAUGACGAUGGAACUUCACCGUGUGAUAUAUAAAAUGAAAUUAUUUAAAGCCCUCACUCCUCACCUCUAUAAGGAAAGGAAUACAGUUACGGCACUGAAAAACUCAUCAUUUAGUUUGCAUUUGGUGAUUGCUUCACUUGUAGUUGUAUCAUUUGACGACUCUUGCGUCCGCAUCACACUCGACGUUUCCUUUGCUGCAUAGUCUCACCGUUACAUCAAUUUGUUUUGGACAAAAAUAAAUCAUCGUGGUGUGAUCUUUAAGACUGUGCUAAUAUACACAGGAAAAACAUCUGUGUAGAGUUCAGCUAUUUAUGAUAACAAUAAGCAUGCCGAUGAUUAAACACUGUGAUACUACAUUAGAUUUGUCUCCCUAUUCUUUCAAGGCAAUCAUUUUGAUGGCGUGAAUGCUUUGUGCGGUGACGAACACUUUUGGAUGGUAAAUCAACCAAAUACUCCGGUAGCCGGUGUCAGUCUGAGACGAAAGAGCGGCGGGCUGACUGCCGGGAUAUCCACCUUCGGCAAGUGUGGGAUGUUCAAGUUCAAGAUUUCUGAUAUUCGUGUUCUGGAAUAA